UAUUUGUUGGGAGUGCAAAAUAAAUUUGAUAAAUAGAAACCCAACCCAAACAAAGGAGAGUUUCCUGGGAAUAUGUACUCACUGUUUGUUUGUUUAAAUUUCCAAAAAUGAAGAGAGGAUUUCAUUUCCUUCCUCUCCCAAAUCUUUUUACAGAGACCUGUCUUCCCAAAAUAACCGUCUUUUCUCUCUCCAACACCCGAACAAACAAACCAACCUACCAUCACUAGUACUCUCGGCAGUUGAAACUUAGAGAGAGAGAGAGAGGCGCAAAUCGACAAUUCGAUUUUUUAUUUUCGUUGAUUGAAUUUUCGAUUUUGUUCUGGGCUUUGAUUGAUCGGGUUUGACCUAGUUAUUUUAUUAGCAUUAUUUUGGCUUCAAUUGAUUGAUGCGAUCGUUUCAAUAUGAGAAUGUACAGUGUUCAUUUUGUUGUUCGAGAAUCUGAUUGUAUUGAUUGGAAGAGAAUUGAGGGUUAUAGGGAGGAACAUUGAUUAUUAUGUAUGUUUGAUGAGUUUUGUGGUGUGAAAGAUUGAAUCUUGGGGUCCGAAAUGAGCACCCAAAAGCCGGCUGUGACGGUUCGGGACCUGGCUGAGGAAGCCAAGAAGCGGAUUGUUUAUCUGAUCAUAUGCGUGGUUGGGUUGUCUUAUCUCAUGUCCUGGACAAGCUCCUCAGUCUGGGUGAAUUUGCCUGCUGCUGCCUUCUUAAUAAUCACCCUUCGAUAUUUUUCUCUGGAUUUUGAGAUGCGGAGGAAAGCUGCAGUAUACAACAGCAACAGCAAAAUAACCUCACCAAAUAUGUGUUCUCAAAAGAAACCUCUUGAAGGUCCUAAAGCUGUAUUUGAGAAAUCUGACUGGAGAAGGAAAGUGAAUUCUCCUGUUGUUGAGGAUGCAAUAGAUCAUUUCAAUAGCCAUCUAGUGUCUGAGUGGGUGACAGAUCUGUGGUACUCUCGCAUCACUCCUGAUAGACAAGGUCCAGAGGAGUUGGUGCAGAUCAUAAAUGGUGUUCUUGGAGAAAUUUCAUCUCGCAUGAGGAAUGUAAAUCUCAUAGAUCUGCUGACAAGGGACAUAAUUAAACUUUUCUGCACACACUUGGAGCUUUUUCGUGCAAGUCAGGCGAAGAUUGAGAAGAAAAAGCCCGGAUCUCUGACUUUUGAACGUCGAGAUGUGGAACUAAAAUUUGCACUGGCUGCAGAUAACAAAUUGCACCCUGCUCUGUUUUCUGCUGAAGCUGAGCACAAGGUACUUCAGUAUUUGAUGGACGGUCUGAUAUCUUUGACAUUCAAGCCUGAGGAUUUACAAUGCUCCUUGUUCCGCUUCAUUGUUAGAGAGCUUCUUGCUUGUGCAGUAAUGCGACCUGUACUAAACUUAGCUAGCCCAAGGUUUAUUAAUGAAAGGAUUGAAUCUCUAGUUACUUCUUUAAGCAAAGCUAAUAAAGGAGCAGCAACUGCACAAAUGGCAUCUCAAUCCAAAUCAAAUGGGUCUUCAAGGAUUUCCUCUGAUCAUUUUUCUUGCCUUUUAGAUCCUUCUGUUAAGGGUGUUGAGCUUGUGCAAUUUAAGAAGGAUCAAUCUGAAACUGCUCAACAGAAGUCUCCAACAGACCAUGUGAAUGGAACACUUCUUUCAAAGGAUCCAUUGCUUUCCAUGGAUACCAGAUCGACCCAUUCUUGGAGUUCUUUGCCAUCAGAUCCCCAAACUGAUGAUGGAAGAGGUAUUCAACGACACCACUCUGGAGAAGAAUGGGGUGAUAUGUUAGAUAAGAUGUCUCGUAGAAAGACUGAAGCCCUUGCACCUGAGCAUUUUGAAAACAUGUGGACUAAAGGGAGAAACUACAGGAGGAAGGGAGGUUCUAAUCAAGUUAUCGAGCCAGACACAAAAAGUUUUUCACCAACACUAAAAAAAGCAGAUAAUUCAAAGGCAUUGUCCUGGCAGAAAGAAAAGGGUGGUGCAACCAAGAUUAAUUUCCCUGAGAGCAAUGCUGUUCAUUCUAGAUGUAAUGAUCAGCCCGUGGCAGAUAAGUUGUGCCCCCGUAAUAAUUUGAAUGUAUCAAGUCAGACUUCCGUUAGUUCAUAUGUAGAAGAUGAUGAGGAUAAUCUCAUGCAUUUGGAGAAAGUUGAAUCAGAGAGCACUAGUUCUUGUACAUGUGAAGAUGAAGAAACUAGCUGUGUGACUGGUCUCGAUUCUCCUGGCACUAGAGUAUGGGAUGGUAAAAAUAAUAGAAAUAUUUCUGUCACACACAUUCAUCAUCCACUUGAAAGUUAUGAAGGUCGUAAGACAAGAAAGACAGGUAAAGGGCAUGUUCACUCUAGAUUACAUAAGGGACAGUCCGGGAGGAAAAGAUCUAGAUUAAGCAAUCAGAAGGGGCUUGUCUGGCACGAAGUUGAGAGAACAAGCUUCUUAUCGGGUGAUGGACAGGAUAUCCUGAAUUCUUCUAAAGAAUAUGUGAAAUCUGAGGACUCUGGUGAUGAUUAUGAGGCAGAAAUGUUGGGCCGAAUUUGCAGUGGAGCAACUGCUUUAUCUGCAUCCUUGGCUACCAUACCUGGAAAUCAUAAGUUGGCUGUCAAUAAUGCUCAGAAAGACUCAUUGUUGGCAGAUUCUUUUUUUAAGUUAAGAUGUGAGGUAUUGGGUGCCAAUAUUGUGAAGAGUGGCUCUACAACAUUUGCUGUUUAUUCCAUAUCUGUUACGGAUAUAAAUAAUAAUAACUGGUCUAUCAAAAGAAGGUUUCGGCAUUUUGAGGAACUCCAUCGACGUCUUAAGGAGUUUCCAGAGUAUAAUCUUCACUUGCCGCCCAAACAUUUUCUGUCCACAGGUCUAGACGUUCCCAUCAUUCAAGAACGGUGUAAAUUGCUUGACCAGUAUUUGAAGAGGCUUCUUCAGCUUCCAACUAUUUCAGGAUCAAUUGAAGUUUGGGACUUCCUGAGUGUUGAUUCCCAGACAUAUAUAUUCUCAAAUUCUAUUUCUAUCAUUGAGACAUUGUCAGUUAACCCAGUUAAUACACCACAUGAAAGAAGUAAAGAGGCUCAAACUGCUCUUCGGACUGCAGAACCCCUAUCCUCGUGGAGGGAACAACAAAAUGCUGAAAGCAAGGAAUCUGCAUCACCAGUGAAGCAUAAUUUUGUUGCACAUGAGUCAAAAUUGAACAGAAAAGCUGCAGUUCAUUCUCCACAAAAAAGGUCUGCAAAAGAAUUUGGAAAGCCAUUUGAGGAUUCUGGUAGUGACUCUGAUAAUGUGAACCAGAGAAAUAUAUCUCCAAACAGAACAUCCAUAAAGGGAAGUGAAGGUGAUAAUUUACAAGUGUCACCUCAGUCGCUUAUUGAUGCUUCUACCGACCCAACACUCCCUUCUGAGUGGGUACCGCCAAAUUUAAGUGUCCCCAUAUUAGAUUUGGUUGACGUUAUUUUCCAGGUCAAUGACGGUGGAUGGAUCAGGCGGAAGGCUUUUUGGGUGGCCAAACAGGUAUUACAAUUGGGAAUGGGUGAUGCCUUUGACGAUUGGUUGAUUGAGAAAAUCCAGCUUUUGCGUAGGGGAACAGUGGUUGCUUCAGGGAUCAGGCGGGUUGAACAGAUACUUUGGCCUGAUGGAAUAUUCCUAACAAAGCAUCCAAAACGACAGCGACCAAACCCCUCUGGGACCACACCACAAAGUUCGCCUAAAGUUCAACCUCUCACACCUAUAUCUUCACCUAAGAAAGAGGAUACCCAACAGUUGGAUGAGCAGCAACGAAUGGAAGCUGAGCGGCGUGCAAAAUUAGUACAUGAACUAAUGAUUGAUAAUGCACCGGCUGCCAUUGUGGGUCUUGUCGGUCGGAAGGAGUAUGAACAAUGUGCAAAGGAUCUCUACUACUUUCUUCAGUCGUCUGUGUGUUUGAAGCACUUUGCUUUUGACCUUCUUGAGCUGCUGCUCCUGUCAGCAUUCCCGGAGAUGAAUUAUGUCUUCAAACAGUUGCGUGAAGAGAAGGAGAAGUUUGGGGAAUUCAGACCUGUUUGAUGUGGUAUUAUGUCUUUGAUCACAUAUUGAGAGCAAUUUUUAUAUAUUUGUUUUCCUUUCUUCUCCUUUUUUUUGUUUUUUUUUGUUUUUUUGUUUCCUAUUUGAGGUACAUAGUUUGGUGAAGGUAUAUGUUUCUUGUGUCACUGCAUCUACCUGCAACGCGGAAAUUGAGUUUUUGAUUUGAAUUGGUGGAGCCAUGCUCAUUAGGUUGGACUUGGGUCCGAUUUGUAACUAGCUUUUUAUUUUGCUAUCGUGAGGAAAUUACGUGUAAAUCUCCGGGCUGGUAUAGAUAUGAGGAAGUUGUCUUCUAUAUCAUUGUAAUGUUAUGAUAACUUUUUUUUUUUUUUUUAAAUUAUUUAUUUUUAAAGUCUUGCAGCAAA